AUGAAAGUUUGCAUUGUGGGUUCUGGAAACUGGGGAUCCGCCAUUGCUAAAAUCAUCGGUCAUAAUUGUAAACGAUUGGACGUUUUUGAAAAUGAAGUUACAAUGUACGUCUAUGAAGAAGUGAUAAAUGGUGAAAAAUUAACGGAUAUAAUUAACAGGACUCAUGAAAAUGUAAAAUAUUUACCUGGACAUAAACUUCCUGAAAAUGUAAAAGCCGUUCCAGACGUGGUCGAAGCUGGGAAAGAUGCUGACAUAUUGGUUUUCGUCGUACCUCAUCAAUUCAUUAAAAAACUUUGCGAAUCUUUAUUGGGUAAAAUAAAACCCACCGCAGUGGGAUUAUCUCUGAUAAAAGGUUUCGAUCGUGCUGAAGGCGGUGGUAUCGAUUUAAUAUCUCACAUAAUAACGAGACAUUUAAAAAUUCCCUGCCACGUUUUGAUGGGUGCCAAUUUAGCCGGGGAAGUCGCAGAAGAAAAAUUUUGCGAAACAACAAUAGGAUGUAAAGAUAAAAAAUUAAGUUCUAUUCUUAGAGAUCUUAUACAAACUGAUUAUUUCAGAGUUGUCGUUGUUGAUGAUACCGAAACCGUUGAAGUUUGCGGUGCUCUCAAAAAUAUAGUCGCGUGUGGAGCUGGUUUCAUUGACGGUUUAGGACUUGGAGACAAUACAAAAUCAGCCGUUAUAAGAUUAGGACUCAUGGAAAUGAUUAGCUUUGCCAAAGAAUUUUAUAGCGAUUCAAAACAAUCGACUUUUUUCGAGAGUUGCGGUGUUGCCGAUCUUAUAACGACUUGUUACGGUGGAAGAAAUAGAAAAGUUUCAGAAGCAUUUGUCAGAACGGGAAAGUCGAUCGCGGAAUUAGAAAAUGAAAUGCUCAACGGUCAAAAACUUCAGGGUCCGUACACGGCUUUCGAAGUUAAUUACAUGCUUAAAAGUAAAAAUCUAGAAGAUAAAUAUCCAUUAUUCACUGCCAUACAUAAAAUAUGCACGGGAGAAUUAAAACCGGGAGAAUUAAUUAAUUGUAUACGAAAUCAUCCGGAACAUAUGUGA